AUGGUUGGAAAGAAGAGAAGCUUCUUGAAGAGGCUGAAGGGAGAGUCGCUGAGGUGGAAGUACCUGGGUGCUGCAUUCAAGUGGAAGAGGCUUUCGCUGCCUGCUUCUUUCUUCAACGACGUCGCUUUCAAGAUUCUCUCUCUCUUCGAGGCCGUUUAUCUCAUUCUCACCGCUGCCUUCUUCUACCUCAUCUGUGGCUGCCGCUUCUGA